UAAAUGCCGACGAGGCUCUGUGCAUAUAAGAAAGUAAACAGAAACGCACACAAAUUGUUAACAGCUCGAUAAGGCGAGAGACAAGGCCCCGUGUUCGCACAGAGAGACAAAGGCUCUCUACAUCUUCAAGCUUCAAACUUCGCCCCUAAACCGCAAGUGCAAUGGCAAUAGAAGUCACAGAUAUUUGCAUGGACAAGGAGUCAGAUGGUGCCAUAAUUUAUUCAGAUGCUUCUCAUGACUCAAAUCGUGAAAGAAUUCCCAAUGAUCAUGCAAUUUCAGAGUCAUAUGAGGAGACCCAAAACUUGCAAGAGAGCACUGAAGUAAAGGAUUAUGAAGUAAAGGAAUGCACUACAGAAACCUCUGUUGACAUUUCCCAAUUGAGUCAGAUUGAAAAUGCUAUCGAAGAUCAGAAUGUGGUAAGCUCGAAGCCUGAUAAUGGCAAGCCUGUGGAGAAGGUUCAGCGGGAUUCUGAGAAAACAAAGGAUGGAAAUAAGUCACGCCCAUCUGUUAAUCAAGCAUCAAAACCUUCUGCGGGAAAUGGUAGAACAAAACACACUGUUCCACGGCCAUUUACCUUAGCAACUGAAAAGCGUGCUUCAUAUGGAGCUCGUCCAGUCAGUGCUGUACUUGAUUGCGGUAAUGGCAUCAAUAAAUCACCCAACUCGAGCAAUCCGCGACAUCUUAAUACCACAAAGCAUACCCAGCCAAGAUCACCUUUGGUACCAAGGAAGUCAUUUCAACUUGAUGGGAAGAAGCAUCCUGAUGAGGAAGAUACCUGUUCUGUUGCUUCCUCCACAGUAGCAUCUGUACGAACUAUUAGGUCCAGGACAACAGUGGCAUCAGCUCCGACGUUUAGAAGUAAUGAACGUGCAGAGAAAAGGAAGGAGUUUUAUUCAAAAUUAGAGGAGAAACAUCACGCACUUGAGGCUGAGAAAAAUCAAAGUGAAGCAAGGACCAAGGAAGAGAAAGAGGCAGCUGUUAAGCAAUUGAGAAAGAGUUUAACGUUCAAGGCAAACCCGAUGCCAAGUUUCUACCAUGAUGGACCUCCAGCUAAGACUGAACUCAAAAAGCCGCCCCCAACUCGUGCAAAGUCACCAAAGCUUGGCCGAAGGAAGAGCUGCAGUGAUACAGUCAAAGUAUCCCAAGGAGACAGAAUAAAAGGAGCUGCUGGUCCGGGAAAUCGGCACAGUAUGGGUAGCUACAAAAAGGAUGCUUCUGUGCAACGUAAGGAUCAGAUUAACAUUCAAAAUGGCAAUGCUGAUUGCAAGUUUGUUGAAGAGCCUAAGAAAGUGGAUGAGAUAAGCAAGUUCAUUCCAGCCAACCUAAAUGAACAGCAUAUGGACAUAUUUGUUGAAUCCUGAGUAUUCUGGUGAGUUUCCUAAUUUAUGAGAGGAAAAGACGUCAUUUUCUGUCUUUAUCUUGUGACUUGCUCUAAAACAUGUGCACUUUAUGUUUCCUCAACUAGCACUGAGUUGUUGCAUUGUUUGUGUGUAAUGUAAAAGUGUACAUCCCCUGUAAUUUAUAUGCACUCAUGUAUAUGAAGAGUUAUUUAUUUUCCAAGAAGAGUAUCUGUACUCUUGUUUGAAUAAUCUAUGUAAUGUUGGAGAACAAUCUGUUUUGGUAUUUA